AUGGAUUUUAGUAAAAUAAGCGAAAAUGAUAUGGAGAACUUGAAUGGGUUUUUUAAGGGUGAAAAUAAAAGAAUGGCAAGAGGGGAUGAUAAAGAAAUAAAGGCAACACCAACGUUAGUGAUUAUUAUUUUUGGGUGUAUUUUUAUGAGUUUAACGAUGGGAAUUAUAGGAUUUGAGUUUUGACUUAAACUUGAAGAUUUACCAAAUGCAAUAGGGUUUUGGACAUUAUCUAUAGUCAUUUUAAUUCCGAGCUGCCAUUUAAGCUAUAUUCUGUUGAAAUCAUUACGAAGGCAAUCUUAA